AUGAGAACUAGAAGAUCAACUUCAAGCUUGAUUUCUUGUUAGUCUGAAGAAGAAUUUAUUGAAAAAAAUCAGUAUGCCUAUAAAUUUGCUCAUCCCAAAUUAACAUUUAGAUAAGUCAAAAACAAAUUGCAAUCUGAAUGGAAUAUUUUUAUUAAUAAACCAAAAGUAAAUAUUUAUUAUAAGUAUUUAGAGAUAAACCAAACUAGAUGACUUUAUCAUCUAAAUUAGUCCAUCACCUAACUCUAAACGCAUUUAAAAAAAAAAAUAAGAAAAUAAACCAAAAUUGAAAAAUCAAAAGUAAUAAAAUAAAAACUAAAGCUAAAAGCAUUUAAAGAAUUAGAAAAAUAAUUCAAAAAAAAAAAGAAUUUCCCCUUGUUCAAAAUAGGGUCCCAAUAUUGAAACUUUUGAUUCUGAAUCUUUUAAAAUAAGUUUGAGUUCAUAAGAAGAAAACCAACCUAUUUUAAGAGAAAGUCCUAUUAUUAUUUCAACUAAUAGUCUCUAAAUUUAGAAAGUUAAUUAAUCACGCCAGAAAAAGAAAAUUAAUUUAAAAAAAAAAAAGGAAGAAACUAAAUCAAAUUCCAUUAAUAAUAAAAAGGAUUAAAAUAAAAAUAAAAAUAAAAAAUAAUAAAUAAAUCUACCUAUUAAAAAAGAUAUUAAAAUGAGAAAAUUAAACAAGUUAAGCAACUUAAGCAAGUGUAAAUAGAUUAAUUAGCCAGAAACAAUUUCUGAAUAUAAACCAGUUUUGAUUUAAGAUUUUAUCAAUUCAUCCAAACUAUAUGAACAUAUAAGUGUUAUUACAGUAAAUAAAUCUAGAAAUGAAUAAGGUUAGGUAGGUUUAGAUGAAAUCAAAGAUAUAGUCUCUCAUACAUAUGGUAUAAUUAAUCAUGAAUAAAAUACUUCUGAAAAUUUGAAUUUUUAAUUGUUCUUUGAAGUUGAAUUUUAACCUAAAGAAAAUGGAUAUAUUCCUGAAAACACAUUUUGUACUUCUAAAUAAGCUGCUUUCUAUUGCAAAGAGUAGGUUUUGAAAUAUAUUUCAAAUCAUAAAGAUAUAUUUACUUAGAAUGAGGAAUAUUAUCUGCAAUGA